CCAACAUGGUGGGCAAGUUUUGCGAGAAGUGAAAAUAUGGGACGAAUAAUCUACCAAAUGACACUUAAUUAGGAACAAAAUAAUCUAAGAAGGGUUGAAGUGACAGAAGAAUGUUGGCUGUUCUUGGUGUCAAAUGACACUAGAGCUGGUGCUACUGCUAGUGCUAGUGACUAGUGUCAAUGGAUGGAAUAUAAACCUUUUUCACUAAGUUGAAAAUAACGAAUGACCAACAACAUCAUUGAACAUUGAACAAUUCCUCAGUCAGAUUGUUUAAGAUGCAAAGAAUAAGAAUGCAGUUCAUGUUAAAUAUCCGAAGAGUUGGCAAGUUCUUCUUUGCUUUGGGGCUGCUCUUUUUCUACUGUGAAUAUGUUAUGUAUUACGUGGUGCUCCUUCAGUGUUCGUGGCCAACUCUCGAGACAAAAAAUAUUGACCUGUUAGUGAAUGUUUCACCAUCGGCAUCAAGAAAACAAGUGAAGUCAAUGAUCCUGGCUGAUACACAUUUACUUGGGUGGUCUCAAGGACACUGGUUUGAUAAAAUCAGAAGAGAAUGGCAGAUGGAGAGAUCUUUCAAGUCCGCUUCUUUGCUGUUUAGUCCUGAUGCUGUGUUUAUCUUGGGUGAUAUUUUUGAUGAAGGCAAGUGGGCCAAUGAUAAAGAAUUCAAUGAGCAUGUUCAAAGAUUUAGAAAGAUGUUUCCUCAUUCCACCGAUACAGAGAUGCAAGUGUUGGUAGGCAACCACGAUGUCGGAUUCCAUUACAUGAUGUCUGAUCACAAGUUAAAGAGAUUUGAAGACUCAUUCAAGGCUGACAUGGUUCGCAUGGUCAACCUCGACGGCAGUCUGUUCAUCUUGGUCAACAGUAUGGCACUAGAGGGCGAUGGGUGUAAACUGUGCAUGACUGCCAGAAUCAAACUAAAGAAAAUAGCAAGACAAUUGCAGUGUUCAAAAAAUCCCAAAGACCCCAGUUUAAAAUGUGAUGGCGUAGAGGCAAUCCCAUACUCGAGACCAAUCUUAAUGCAGCACUUCCCGCUGUUCCGUGAUUCUGAUGAGGAGUGUAGCGGCCUGGAUGCUGCGCCUGAGGAUGAGAAGACAAUCAAGUUCAAACCCCAAAUAGAUGCCUUGUCUAGAGAAGCCACACAGGAGCUCUUCCAGUGGUUUGAGCCUCGCCUUGUCAUAACGGCCCACACUCACCAUGGCUGCUUCACUCUCCAUAAGUUUAAGAAGUCCUCAAUUCCAGAGUGGACUGUGCCAUCAUUUAGCUGGAGAAAUAGGAAAAAUCCAUCAUUUUUACUCAUGGUUUCUACUCCGACCAAUUAUGCAAUAAACAAGUGUUUUCUCCCGGAUGAGAAUACCGCUAUUUACAUCUAUGCCUCAGGCUUGAUCCUGAUAUUCUGUUGGUUCAUUUCACCUGUCAUCUUGAGAUGUAAACUAUCACGCUACCGCAAGGAGAGCUGAUGAUCACGAGUAUUGAUAGAUCUUUGGGCAUUUGACACGUAUUUCAUAGUAUUAGAACUUAUACAUGACCUUGAACUGGUGGAGAUCAGUCUCUAGAGAACCUGGGGUAUAUUCAGAAGAAAGAAAGGUUUGUACACAGAUUGAUUCCCAGGACACCGUGGCAAGCUGUAGCGUCAGGCACAUAUGUGGGUACCUGGGGCCAAGUCCAUGACGUCAGAUGGGAGAACUCGCAUCAAUACAUGGGUCCCACGUCAAAUCACCCUGGGAGUCAUCUAUUGUAUUGGUUUUGAAAUGAUUUGAAAAUCUUGUGAUUUUAGCAAAGACUUACCCCAAGUGGAGAUUAGCCAAACUCAGUUGAUAUUUUGGCCAUAGUCAGUUGAAGAGAGUUAACACUUCUUAUUAUAAUUCUCUUUAUGUUUGACUUUCACAAUAGUUUGUCUACAUGAUGAUGUAUACAUGUAGUUAUCACUAAUUGUCAGUUCGUUGACUUUUUUUAAAGGAAUCGCAAUUUUAAUACCUGAUAUAGUAGACAGAUAGAAAGUAUUCAAAAGGAAUGGAUAGCAAUUAUCUGAAAAAUAUGGCUUACUUUCUUGAUAUCAUUCCAAAACGUUUACUCCUUUAAUGAAAACAUUUAAUAAUUUCUUUCUUUUUUUCAAAGAUCUUUAUUGAUCAUUCAAUGAUGAAAUGUAUUAAAUCGGCACAAAAUUCAGUUUACUAUUAUUGUAUUGUUGUAUUUAUGUAUUUGUAAUGAAUAUUAGGCUGGUACGUACAUAAUAAA